GUUUACAGUAACGGAACAACGUGUAAAAACGCAGUGAAGUAUCACGAACACGUGACUCCAAAUUCCCGACAGCACAUGAACGCAUCAUCAUUUCACCAGACGGUACUGCAGGUGACAACAGAGAAAACCGCAAACAACACGGAAAGCAGUAGCUUUUAACCUCAGUUUCUCUCGAUUAAAACAACCCAAACUGUGAAUAAUUGAACGGCAUGUUUUAUUUUAAUCCUGGAUUCGAUUUAUGUCAAGUUUAAAUCAUUGUGUCAUUGUCCGUCUUCAACUUUAAACCGGGUUAAACCGCAUCGUGACCCCGAAUGUCCAAACUACCGGGAAACGCAGGGUUGUCGUUGCUCGGCGACAAGUCCCUUGACUUUUACCGGGACCCGGUGAGCUUCUACCGGCAGAAGAUGGACAAACACGGGGGCAGAGUGUUCCAGAGCCGCCUGCUGAACAGACCCACCGCCUUCAUCUGCUCAGUUGAGGGAAUGAGAGAGCUACUCAGUGAGAAGUCUAACUUGUUUCUGAAGGAUCCCACUGACCUGAUGACCAACAUGUAUGGUGACACUAUUGUCACCACUAAUGGUGAAGAGGCUUGUCUGCUGCGAUUGUCCCUCACCAGUCUGUUUACAGGAAGGUGUUUGGAAUCACAACGUGAUUUUAUCAGCAGGUGGGGAAAGUCAUGUGUGAAGUCAGGCGCCUCUGACUGUGUUGAGUACUCAUGCUUGUGGUUGUUUGUCUCCCUCUUUUUUGUCCUUUUUUCCUACAGUGUGUGUGAGCGUUGUCUGAAGGACCUCUCUCUCAGUGGGCAGCCAGAGUGUGUCUACUCUGUCUUCAAGCGCCUGGGGACAGAGUUGGUUUUGGGCCUGUUUCUGAACGUACGAGCGGAGGAGCAGCCUGAACUAUUCCAGGAAAUCAUGCAGCUGUGCACUCAGCACUGGCAUGGCCUGAUCUCUGCCCCAGUGAAUGUGAAGGUUCCUCUGUGGUCAUCGGGUUUCUCCACCGCUCUGGAAGCCAGAGACAAACUGAUGGACAUCAUCAAAGACAAACUGGAGAAUGACAAAGAGGGUUUCGUCGGCUCUCUCGGGUCUUUGCCGCUGCCCGACUCCAGCGCUGCCUCGCAGCAUCUCCUGCUCUUCAUCUCAGCUCUGAUCCCUAAAGCUGUGGCGUCGCUCCUCACCUCCUUCACGCUGGUACUCGGUGGGAACGAACAGGAGGAGACACGUCGGCGAGCGGGAGAAGACCCUGAUUACCUGCACAGAGUGCUGCUGGAGGUGCAGAGACUCUGGCCUCCUUUCAUUGGAGGCCGCAGAAUAGCUGAUCAGGACUCCACCCUCGCUGGUUUUCAUGUCCCCAAAGGUAACGGCGUCAUUUACAUCAGUCACGGGGUCCACCGUGACCCGGAGGUGUUUGAGGAGCCGGACAACUUCCAGCCGGAGAGAUGGAGAGGCAGGAAUGCAGGCCAGGAGCAUCUACUGUGUUCUUUCGGCAGUGGGCCCAGGAGCUGCAUCGGGUCUAAACUUGCUGACAUCUUUCUCAAGGUCUGAGCCUUCACCAUAUUCACUUUGCUAAGAAUUCUGGUGGAGCUCUGACACAACGUUUCCCUCAUAGAACAAUUUGAGGAAUCACCACAUCAAAGGUAUGUAAAAACGGGGGAUAAAUAUUGUGGGGGGUUUUCUUUUGAAAUGCCACAAAACCCUAAAUAUGACACUGUCUGAGAAAGAAAAAUCCCUUUUUGGUUAAUCAUGUCGAACACUUGAACAGUCACAAUGAAACUGAGAGUCUGAGCCAAAAUGGUUGGAAUCCACUGCCACCGCUACUGUGAUUUAUGUAGUUAUUAAGUGUUAGCUGCUAACAUAAAACAGAAUUUCUCUAAUUGCUGUUACUCACAUUGUAGCUUUAAGGUCCAGUGAGUAACAUUUUUGGAGGGUUCAUUUAAUAUACUUUAAUUCAUUCAUGUUUUAUCAUUGUCUCUUUUUUUCAAAACAAGAGCAUGUCACCAAUUGGACUGUAAAGUAUUCACAUUCAGCACUCAGUCAGGUUUAAAUCUACGUUGAAGUAGAUUUAAACUUUAAAGGUUUGCUCAAGGUCACUCUGCAGACCCAUAUAUAAAACAAUGCGGGUUUGUUCCGAGGCCAACCAUGAAAUAAUAAUACAUUGUGUAGCCUUACUGCUUACAAAAAGAACUCGGUUUGAAUGGACUUUAUAAUGUCAGUAAACAUUUUCCUGCGUAGUUAAUAGUCUCAAUUGCUAGUUUUGGGUCUUUUUUUAAUAGAGGAUUGUGUCGAUUUUUAAAUUAUUUUCCACUAUUUCCACUGGAAUAUAGACGAAAAAGUACAGCUGGUAUCGUCCAAUUUUCUCUUGUUCUAAUAUAAUUAAGUCGUUUUUUUGCUCAAUCCCAACAACGUCCUCAUAUUUUGUAAGCUAUACCUGGAUAUAAACCAGAUUCUGAUUCUGAUGUUAGCCAAAUUGAAAUUCUGGACGCUUCAAAAUGGGUGUUCAGAAUCUUAUGGACAAUGUCACGACUGGUUGUCACUAGGGUCGUCCACAUAGGCUCUGCAUGGGCUCUGCAUGGACUCUUAAUAAUCACCAGUUAAACACAAAUAUUUACCAUAUGCAUACAAAAUAUAUAGUAAAAUUGCAACAAAAAAAAAUAUAGGGUAUACAUAUAGGGUUUGGAUAAAUCCGGUUGAGUGUAGCACGUAUAAAAUGUGACUUAAACUGCUGUGUGCGGUCCACAUAAUCACUUCCAUAGGCGUGUGUCUCAGAGACGCUUUUGUCCUGCAGAGAGCUGCUCAACAAACCUACUGUUCUUUCUCUUCUGCACACACACACAGCUAUAGU